CACUGAAUCAUAACACACUGCAUAUGAAGCCACUCCACUCAUCUUCACGUCGCCUGCUUUUUUGCAGCGUAAUUGUAUUGGUUUCUCUGACAGCUGUGACUAAAGUGCUUUAGAAGACCAAGUUAGAGAAUAAGCAGCCGUGCAGGGCUGUGAAAGUAUGGUUGCUGUGAAAGCUGACCGCUUGGAGUUUGCUUCGGUUAGCAAAUGGCUGUUCGUGUGGGAAGUCUGCCAGUGCGAGAAAGGAAAAGAGUUUUGAAACGAUGAGAACCUAAACCUGAUCCAGACAAGUAUGUGACAAACGGGCUCCAGUGUGGCCAAAAACUUGGUUACAGCCAAAAUGGCUCGAUUGGAUGAAGUGGCGAACAUAGCCCUCAGGGUGCCCAGCAUUCUGCUUCUGGACCUGCUGUAUAAAUGUGACAUCGAGGGAUUGACUGAAAAUCUCAAGGCUAAAAAUGAGGACAUGCUCUUCAAAUACAAGUAUGUCAUCUGGAACAUGUUCUAUCUGGCUCACCUGAUCAACCUGGUCGUAUUAAUCCUGCCACUGAGACACAUUGUUACGCUCUACCUUAAUGUCCUCGUCGCCCUCCUUCUGUACAUGGGGCAUCAGGUUUCCAAGGAUUAUGUUCGUGAGGAAGUGCAGGUUGGAUAUGAAGGAGCGGUCUAUCUUAACUCCCUGGCCUUCAAUAGAUUUGUCUCUGCCAUGACCAGUCAGAUCAUUCUCAGCACGCUUUGUGCCUUCCUGAUGAAAACCAGAAAGGUGUGGUUAUUCUCUGCUCACAUGCUCCCCCUGCUGGCCAAACUCUGCAGUGUCCCUAACUCCACCCUGCUGACGGUCAACACUUUAUCCAUGGGUCUGAGCGCUGCAGGGAUCGUCCUGUUCCUCCUCUGCAACCUUUUUGUGCCAUAUCGCCUCGCAAGGGCCGCCUAUUCAGAGCUGCUUCAGCUGGAGGUGAUUGAGCUCUACAGACUGCUGGCUUUAGGAAUCUCUCUGUGGAAUCAGUUUGCUGUUCCAGCUCUCUUCAUCGUCUUCUGGUUUGUUCUGUUUGCCGUCCAGCUGUACUCAGAUGCCACGUCAGCCAGCGCCUCCUCAUCUUAUCAGGGAAUCCUGUUCUUCUUGCUCACUAGCGUGUCGGAAUGCUGUUCCACACCAUACUCUCUUCUGGGUCUCACCUUCGUGGUGUCCUAUCUGGCCCUCGGACUUCUCAACCUGUGCAAAUUUUACCUGGGAGGUUAUGCAGCCGUUCAGAAUGAGAACGUCAUGCACAGAGGUGUAACAGAGGGAGUCACUCUUCUCCUGCUGGCCCUUCAGACAGGCCUGUUAGACAUGCAGGCGCUGCAGCGCACCUUCCUCCUUAGCAUCAUCCUCUUCAUUGUGUUGACAUCAACCUUGCAGUCGAUGAUUGAAAUAACAGAUCCAAUUAUUCUAGCCCUGGGCGCGUCACGCAACAGGAGUUUGUGGAAACACUUUCGUGGCCUCAGCAUGUGUCUGCUUCUGCUGAUUUUCCCCGUGUUUAUGGCUUAUAAAAUCUCCCAGUUCUUCCACAUGGACUUCUGGCUUCUUAUACUGGUGUCCAGCUGCAUGCUAACCUCCCUUCAGGUCACAGGCACAAUGCUGAUCUACUUCCUCUUCAUGGUGGAGCUGUUUCGCAGCGACCCAAUCGAGAGCCUGGACGAAGUGAUCUACUGGGUGAACGCCAUCAGCAGGGUGCUGGAGUUCCUGGUGGCGCUCUGCGUGGUGGCCUACGGCACCUGGGAGUCUCUGUUCGGGGAGUGGAGCUGGAUGGGCGCCUCUGUCAUCAUCAUCCACUCGUAUUUCAAUGUUUGGCUCCGAGCUCAGUCUGGCUGGAAGAGCUUCCUGCUCCGACGGGAAGCAGCUAAAAAGAUCAACUCUCUUCCCAGAGCCACAGCGGAGCAGCUGGACCAACACAAUGACGUUUGCUCCAUCUGCUUCCAGGAAAUGAGCUCAGCUGUCAUCACAUACUGUGGACAUUUCUUCCAUGGCAACUGUCUCCGCAAGUGGCUGUACGUGCAGGAAACGUGCCCCAUGUGCCACCAAACGGUCCGACCGACACCCCCAGGUCAGAUUCCAAGCGACGGCGAUCGAGCAGCUCCGCCGCAGAGGGACGCACAGGAAGCAGAACAGAAUCUCGAGGGUGGAGCAGCGAACGAAGCGCAGAGCAUCGAGGGAAAUCCUGAUCCUGCCCUGCAAGAUCAGGGAUCUGAUCCUGACGGUGAAGCCGUCCAAGACCUCUCUUUCAGAUCCAAAUGUGUCCUCCCAGUUGAUCCCUCUGGCUCCUGUAAUAAACUGGACAGAACUUCUCAAUGUCACAGCCAGGUUGAGGUGAACGGGGCAGAUUUAUCUCAGAAUGAGAACCAAUCAGUGUCUGAUUUAGCAGAACUCCCCCAUCCUAAUCACCAUAGGACUUCUGAAUCAGGGUACAGCCUUCAUCCAUUCAAGGAUCGAAAGCUUGUAUGCAGUGGUCCCCAAACAUCUCAUGAAUCAUGUAAGCAAACAUCAGACUCUGCUGACCACGUGAACAGCCAUCAUCGUCUCUGCCCACAUUUAGAUUUGCUCAGUAAGGGUGAACCUGUCCCACAGGUCCCCCAGGCCUCGUCCUCAGGUACCGCCGAUUCCUCUACAGCAGCGGCCGAGCGUCCUCCAUCUGUGCCUUGAAGGAUUUCAAAUCCAAAGAGGGCGCGAUCUGCCUUCUUUUUGUGAACCAGUGUAUAAAAAGAAUCGUAUGUCCCAUCAGGCAUUAUAUUGAAUGUUGUCCACAUAAAGAAAAGCAACACCUCUGAGUAUUGGACCUAUUUCUGUACACAGAGUAAAAACUAUCACCAACCUUAAAAAAAACUAUCAUCCUGAAUCAGUGUUUUUUCUUUACUAUUUAUUUUGCUUUUAUCAGUUUUAAUUUACCUUCUUUUGUAGCAUGAUAAAGAGCAGAUUUUGUUUAAAUAUUGCUAUCAUAGCCAUAAUCUAAGAUAAUGUAAUAUUUUGGUUCUUUUCUGGAUGUAAUGUUAGCAUCAAACUGAACAUGAAGGAGUUACUUUAGAGACUUACUUGAUCUGACUUUUUGAAUAUUUACCGCAAGUUCAUCUCCAAUUUUAAAACAAUUCUUGGAAUUGUAUUUUAAUGCAAAAGAAGCAAAAGUCAUAAACUCCUGCAACAAAUGUAUUUAUUUCAUGUCUUUAUUUCAGCAGCCGAUAAAGAAGAAUCACAGGAAUUAGCCUGUACCCUUUAGCUUACUUCUAUUUCAUGGGGUUUUAUGGUGUAGAACAUUUGAAAGUAAGGGCAUCUUAGUGAUUGAAAGGACAACGUGACAUGAUUUCUAGAUUUUUUUUUUAUUAUUAUUUUUUGCAAAUAAAAACCUGUGAGGUGGUGUGCAUUUA